UCUGUCCGUGUGUGGGCAGCUUCAAAGGAAUGAACGACGCUAAAGAGGCAGUGCUAAUCCAGUUCCUAUAAUAUUUCCACGCUGCUGAGGUGUGCGGGUGUUUGCAGAGAGCAGUCCGACUUCUCGUCCUGACAUGUCUGAGCCGAUUAGAGUUGUGGUGACCGGUGCAGCCGGGAACAUUGCCUAUUCCCUGUUGUUCAGCAUUGCCAAAGGAGAUGUGUUUGGCAAAGAUCAGCCAAUCAUCUUGCUCCUUUUGGACAUUACACCAAUGUUAACUGUCCUCAAUGGCGUCGUCAUGGAGCUACAGGACUGUGCUCUUCCACUUCUGAAAGAGAUUAUCGCGACUGAUAAGCUUGACGUGGCCUUCCAGGACGUGGAUGUAGCCAUCUUGGUGGGCUCCAUGCCUCGGAGAGAGGGCAUGGAGAGGAAAGACCUGCUCCAAGCCAAUGUGACAAUCUUCAAGAGCCAGGGAGCUGCUCUGGAUAUGCAUGCCAAAAAGACUGUCAAGGUGCUGGUUGUAGGAAACCCUGCAAACACCAACUGUCUGAUCGCAGCCAAGUUUGCUCCCUCCAUUCCCAAAGAGAAUUUCUCCUGCCUCACCCGUCUGGACCACAACAGGGCUCGCUCUCAGGUAGCGAUGCACUGUGGCGUUCCUGCCACCCACGUGAAGAAUGUGAUCAUCUGGGGUAACCACUCGUCGACCCAGUACCCAGAUGUGCACCACUGCCUGGUCAAUGUAUCUGGUAGUGACCUCCCCUGCUUCGAUGCAGUCAAGAAUGAUUCAUGGCUCAAAGGAGAUUUCAUAACUAUGGUGCAGCAGAGAGGCGCCGCAGUCAUCAAGGCUAGGAAGCUGUCAAGUGCCAUGUCUGCCGCCAAGGCCAUCUGUGACCACAUGAGAGACAUCUGGUUUGGGACCCCUGAGGGUGAGUUCAUCUCCAUGGGAGUUUACUCUUCUGAUAAUUCAUAUAAAGUCCCAGAUGACCUCAUCUACUCAUUCCCUGUCCAGAUCAAGGACAAGUCCUGGAAGAUUGUGGAUGGCCUGGCCGUCAGUGAUUUCUCCCAAUCCAAGAUGGAUGCUACAGCAGCAGAGCUGGUGGAGGAGAGAGACACAGCUCUGGGUCUCGUGGGAACAUGACUAGACCCUGCUGGGCCACCACGCUCCAAGACUCCAGAUGCACGCCUGUGAUAAAGCACUCCCAACAACCCCUGCACUAGUGUCUACAUCUUCGUGUGUGUGUGUGUGUGUGUGCCCUAUGGGAAAGAGUGAGUCGGUGUAAUGUUUUGAUUUGAUGUGAUUUAUACUUGUGUGUUGAAAGGCUAUACAGUAAAAACUUGUGUUACAGUGGCAUUUUCCAAAAAAAUGUACAGCAGAUAUAACUGGACAAUAUUGAGUUAGGAAAGCUUGGUAGUCUUUGUCCUUCAUAGUCCUCAGACGUAUCCUGUCAUGACAUGGCAUAGGCCUCCUUUUCAGUAGACAUCAGAAACACCUUUGGCCUGGAUGUUGUACAUCAUAAUGCACAAGUAUAUCUCCACCUCACAUACAAUAUACUGAAUUGGUGACCAUUUUUUUCCAAAUAUUUUUCUGUGGGGGUAAGUGA